AUGCUGAAUUCCACAUUUGAUUUGAUCAGCCUUGCUGCUUCGAAUUCUCACGCAGUCUUUUGUUUAUUCAAUCUGAUCAUAAUCAUUCUACUUGUUGGUAGCUCGAAAUCGAGGUCAGAGUUUAAUGAAGAUGCCCCUUGUUCUUCUCGCGAUGAUGUUAAUAAUAACAGAGGUUCCAUGGAAAGAACUAAUGCUUCGUGUUCCUUGAAGACGGUAUGCACAUUGAUGAAUUCAUCUUCGUCUGUGGGCAUAUCAAUGGUCGACAAUGAUGAAGGGAACUGGGAUGAAGAAGAUGAUGAGCUGAGGAAAAGAGCUGAAGAAUUCAUCGAGAAAAUUAACAAGGGGUGGAUGGAUGAAAAGUUGAAAGCAUGCUCUCCAGGCCAAAAGAUAUAG